GCACAUGAGCCCUAUGCCAGGUCUAGGUGGCCGGUUAGACCAAGAUUUCACAGCGCUAAUGACGGCCAUUCCAGACCAUACGGCCAAGUCGUUCCAAGCACUGCGAUCGACUGCUCAGUCCGUGAGCAAGUAUGCCGAGGAAACUCAAACCUGUACAAAAGAUACCCUGAAUAAUCUGGAAAUAAUAUCGACAUCCUUGGCUAAGUUACGAGAUCAAAAAUUGCCUAUGGUGUCUAUGCCCCAGCGCACACAAAGUUAAACAGAUCUCAUCCCCAUAAUAAAAUUCCUCAUAUCACACACAUCAUGAUCGAAACCCACAAAAAAGUUUUACAGUUGCCAUCCACAUACUAUAUUGAUGACUCAUGAACAAAAAAAAACUGGAGAGUAUAGUAAUGCGCAAAUGAUCGAUUCGCUUAGAAGACAAGAGCAGCACCCUUGGUCUUCUUGUCACCACCGAACGAAGGACAACCUUCUUGGUA